CGAGAUGCCUUCAGGAGAAUGUGACGAUCAAAGAAUCAACGAAGGUUUAGAGUUUGAAUCCAAAGAGGAAGCAUUUGAGUUCUACAAAGAGUACGCUAAAUCUAUAGGUUUCAACACCAUUAUAAAAGCUAGCCGUCGUUCAAGAAUGAGUGGGAAGUUCAUCGACGCCAAGUUCGUUUGUACACGUUACGGAAGCAAGAAAACAGAAGAAGAAGAAGAUAUAAACAUCCCUCAAGCGAGAAAGCGUGGUAGAAUCAACCGUUCUUCCUCGAAGACGGAUUGUAAAGCGUGUUUACACGUCAAGAAAAGGCAAGAUGGGAGGUGGGUGGUUCGCGCUUUGGUUAAAGAACAUAACCACGAAACCUUCCCUGGUCAAGCUAACUCCAUAAGAGAAACAUCUGGGCGGGAAAAGAUUGUGAAAGAGAUGAAGAGCAGAAAGUUUCAAGCGUUAGAGGAUGGAGAUGUUGAGAGACUCCUAAGCUUCUUUACGGAAAUGCAAGCUGAGAAUCCUUUCUUCUUCUACGCCAUUGAUCUUAGCGAGGAGCAGACUCUAAGAAACGUCUUUUGGGUUGAUGCAAAAGGGAGAUUGGACUACACUUGUUUCUGUGAUGUUGUGUCUAUAGACACUACGUUCAUUAAGAACGAGUAUAAGCUUCCUCUUGUUGCGUUUAUAGGCGUGAACCACCAUGGACAGUUCUUGGUACUUGGUUGUGGAUUGUUGUUAAACGAAGAGUCUAAAUCUGGAUUCGUUUGGCUUUUUAAGUCAUGGUUAAAGGCGAUGCACGGAUGUGAACCUAGAGUUAUACUUACCAAACACGACCAAAUGCUCAAAGAAGCUGUCUCUGAGGCUUUGCCAGCGUCUAGACAUUGUUUUUACAUGUGGGAUACACUUGGUCAGAUGCCUGAGAAGAUUGGUCAUGUUAUGAGACAAGAGAAAAGCUUUGUGGGUGAGAUUAAUGAAGCUAUUUACGGUUCUUGCAAGGGAGAUGAGUUUGAAAAGAGAUGGUGGGAGGUGAUCGAUAGGUUUAGUCUGAGAGAUAAUGCUUGGCUUUAUUCUCUGUAUGAAGAUAGGGAACAUUGGGUUCCUGUGUAUUUGAAAGGUGUUUCUCUAGCGGGAAUGUGUACAGAUGGUAUGAACUCUGUUUUCGAUAAGUACAUUCAAAGGAAAACCACGUUGAGAGCGUUUCUUGAUCAGUACAAGACGAUGAUACAAGAGAGGUACGAAGAGGAAGAGAAAGCUGAGAUUGAGACGUUGUGUAAACAACCUGGACUUAAGUCACCUUCACCAUUUGGGAUGCAAAUGGCUGAGCUAUACACGCGUGAGAUGUUCAAGAGGUUUCAGGUUGAGGUGUUGGGAGGUGUUGCUUGUCAUCCUAAGAUAGAAAGCGAAGAUGGGGGUAACAAGAUGACUUUCAGGGUUCAAGACUAUGAGCAGAACCGUGGUUUCGUUGUGGUGUGGAGCUCUGAAUCAUCUGAAGUUGUUUGUUCAUGUAGAUUGUUUGAGCUCAAAGGUUUUCUUUGUAGACACGCAAUGAUUGUUCUGCAGAUGUCUGGAGAACUUACUAUUCCUUCUCAGUAUGUGUUGAAGCGUUGGAUGAAAGAUGCGAGAAGGAGAGAAGCCGUUGAAUCUGAUAUGAUCGGUGGAGAUUGUUCAAGUAAGGCUCAACGGUAUACGGAUCUUUGUCUCCGGUCUUUGAAUUUGAGUCAGGAAGCUUCUUUAUCUGAAGAGAGCUAUAACGCUGUGAUGAAUGUGCUGAAUGAAGCUUUUAGAAGUUGUGAGAACAAAAGUAAUGUGAUACACAAUGUUGAAGAGUCAGACUCGGAUGUAGCUCAUGAAGAACAUAACAACAACAACUCAUUUAAUGAGAAUGUGACCGACACAGGACAGGAACAUUCAUUACAUGAAGUAUGGAAAGAAACUGCUUUGCAAGAACAAAGAAACCGUUACUCGAUUCUCGACGACUACCUCAGCGCUCAACAAAUGUCACACCAAAUGGGACAAAUCAACAUGAUGGCCUCAAACCGCAAUGCAUAUUGUACUGCUCAUCAAAACAUAAACUCACUGGAACAGUUAAGUUUCAGACCAGAAGUUAUGUAUGAAAGACUUCAGGACAUGGGACAGACAAGUUUUAGACAUCAUCCUCAGCAACUCUGCGAUUCUUCAAAACAACAUCAACAAUCCAAGAAUUUUUCUCGCAGAGAAACAGGAGAGUCUCUGUGACAUUUUUUAAUAUAUUUGUUAAAGUUUUGAUGGUAAAAAUGAACAGUUUAUGUGAGUAGACAAAUUGUACAGCUAAACACCAUUACAUAUCUUUUGGCCUGUGUCUCAUUUAGCAUGUAC